AUGGCUGCGCCCGUGGGACCGGUGAGGUUCUGGCGACCUGGUACCGAGGGUCCAGGCAUCAGCAUCUCUGAAGAGAGGCAGAGCCUUGCUGAAAACUCUGCCACAACCAUUGUUUACAACCCAUACGCAUCCCUUUCCAUUGAGCAGCAGAGACAGAAACUGCCUGUGUUCAGGCUUCGGAAUCAUAUAUUAUAUCUGAUAGAAAAUUAUCAGACGGUGGUGAUUGUUGGAGAAACAGGAUGUGGGAAGAGCACGCAGAUUCCACAGUACCUUGCAGAAGCUGGCUGGACGGCAGAAGGAAGGAUUGUGGGGAUCACUCAGCCUCGAAGAGUGGCCACUGUCACAGUUGCAGGGAGAGUGGCUGAGGAAAGGGGUACCUUGCUGGGCCAUGAAGUGGGCUACUGCAUCCGCUUUGAUGACUGCACAGACUCAUUGGCUACACGGAUUAAGUUUCUGACUGAUGGAAUGUUGGUUAGGGAAAUGAUGGUUGAUCCAUUGUUAACAAAAUACAGUGUCAUUAUGCUGGAUGAAGCUCACGAGAGGACCUUGUACACUGACAUUGCUGGCUUGCUGAAAAAGAUUCAGAAAAAACGAGGGGAUCUGCGGUUGAUUGUGGCCUCAGCCACGCUGGAUGCAGAGAAAAUUUCGGGAUUCUUUAAUCAGAAUGAGACCAGUGACCACACCAGGACACCAUGUGUGAUCUUGACCGUGGAAGGGCGGACAUUCCCAGUGGAUUUCUAUCUGCAGAGCCCUGUUCCAGAUUAUAUCAAAUCAACAGUAGACACUGUGAUGAAAAUUCACCAGACAGAGGGAGAUGGAGACAUAUUAGCAUUUCUUACUGGCCAGGAAGAGGUGGAAACCGUUGUGUCUCUGCUGAUUGAGCAGGCUCGAGCACUUGGCCGCACUGGGAUGAAGAGGCAUCUGCGAGUGCUCCCCAUGUAUGCAGGACUGCCUUCCUUCGAGCAGAUGAAAGUCUUUGAGAGGGUGUCACACAGUGUCAGAAAGGUUGUAGUGGCCACCAAUGUGGCCGAAACCUCCAUUACCAUCAGUGGGAUUGUGUAUGUGAUCGACUGUGGCUUCAUGAAACUCCGGGCCUAUAAUCCCAGAACAGCUAUUGAGUGCUUGGUGGUAGUGCCAGUGUCUCAGGCAUCAGCAAACCAGCGAGCAGGACGUGGGGGCCGCAACCGCUCAGGAAAAUGUUACCGUCUUUAUACAGAGGAAGCCUUUGAACAGCUGCCCCAGAGUACAGUUCCCGAGAUGCAACGGAGCAACUUGGCACCCGUCAUCCUGCAGCUGAAGGCGCUAGGAAUUGACAAUGUCCUCAGGUUUCACUUCAUGUCACCCCCUCCAGCACAAUCGAUGGUUCAAGCAUUGGAGUUACUCUAUGCUCUGGGAGGUUUGGACAAAGACUGUCGCCUUACUGAACCACUUGGCAUGCGAAUAGCUGAGUUUCCUCUAAAUCCCAUGUUUGCAAAGAUGCUGCUUGAAUCAGGAACUUUUGGCUGCUCACAGGAAAUCCUGAGCAUUGCUGCCAUGAUGCAGAUCCAGAAUAUCUUUGUAGUCCCCUCCAACCAGAAGAAUCAAGCAAUGCGUGUGCACCGAAGAUUCGCUGUGGAGGAGGGGGAUCAUCUCACCAUGCUCAAUGUGUACGAAGCGUUCAUCAAACACAAUAAGAGCUCACAGUGGUGUCAGGAACAUUUCUUGAAUUACAAGGGUCUAGUCCGAGCUUCGACUGUGCGAGAACAACUAAAGAAGCUUCUCAUCAAGUUCCAGGUACCCAAGAACUCCAGCGAAGGUGAUCCAGAUCCUGUUCUGAGGUGCAUCGUGGCGGGAUUCUUUGCCAAUGCAGCAAGGUUUCAUUCAACAGGAGCUUACAGGACCAUCCGUGAUGAUCAUGAAUUACACAUCCAUCCAGCCUCUGUCCUCUAUGCCGAGAAGCCUCCUCGAUGGGUACUCUAUAAUGAAGUCAUACAAACCUCCAAGUAUUACAUGAGAGAUGUGACCGCCAUUGAGUCUGCUUGGCUGUUGGAGCUGGCUCCACACUUCUAUCAACAGGGAACGCACCUGUCCCUGAAAGCCAAGAGGGCCAAAAUCCAGGACCAGUGAUCAGAGUCUGCCUGUGGCCACAGGGCUUGCCAGCGUCUCCUCUGCUCUGCUGUGGUCCAGGCCCUGGCGGUGCUGGCACUGCUGCUGUGGCCCUGCGUCUGCUCCAUCUACUUGUCAGCUCUGAAGUGCGGCUCCUCACCCUUUAUUCCCAUCCCACCCCGCUGGGUCCCAGGAGGGUCUGUGCAUGUCAGGCUGAAGAGUGGAGUGGUGGAGUCAUGCUCUCUGCUCUCACAGCUGCUCCCUUGCCCACAGGCCUCUCCCUGGCCCAGCUCUGUGGGGAGUGAUUGGGAGUGCCAGCCAUGUGAGCACCAUGCCAUGCUGGGACCAGGGGACCCAGGUGAGGCUGGCAGGCCCAGGCAGAGUGACCCAGAAAGUGGUUGCCAGGUGGGAGCUCUCGUGUGUCCACAGAAGAUAAGAAUCCAAUGUAUGGCUUUUCCCUCUGCCUGCAUCUUCAUUUCUCUUGAAGGCAUCGGGGACCCCAAGAAAGAACCCAUGGGCUCUUUUCUCUGAUAGCAAUAAUGAGUUUUCUCUUUCACAAGUGGCUUAGCUUUCUUUUUUCUCCAAGGACACAACCAAGUCCUGGAGCACCAGCUCAGCUCCAGGGUGACCCCACCACCCUCAGCUCUUAGCACAGCCCCCAGGUGGGACAUACCACAGCAGUGCAGAGGUGUGAAGCUUCUGCAGCUUGGGACCGUGACUCGUGACCCAAGGACCCCUUUUCUGUGUUUGCUUGGACUCUCAUGGCCCCUGGGGCAGCCCUUCCAGCAGGUACAGGGCUCAGGGCUGCCUCAUGGCCACCCCCACCAGCUGCCUCUUUGCUGCAAUGAUGUUUGCAUUUCUCCCGCUCUGUUCCGGUGAUGUUUCUUUAGAACCACAUAGCUUGAACAUUUAUUUUUCUACUGAUUUGUUUGGAUGUGCCACUUUAGGCACCAAAUGUGUCUGUUAUUUUUAAUUUUCAUUUUAUAAAACAUGUAAAUAAUAG